UCCCAUGAAAAUCUAGGAACUCUGAGUCACUUUAUUUGGAGCCUGCUUUGCUGAGUCUGGGGGAGGUAGUUAAAUAAAGAGGAGGAGGAGGAACGAAACAGAUGGGAUUGGUCAAUAUCAGAGGAAACUGGCCAGAAUUCCUCACCAGGAGAGGUGUCAUAGAGCCGAGCUCUUUCAUAUCUAUCGCCUCUCAACAGAAAACUAACCAGAGCUGGUUCAUCUGAGCUGCCUACACACUGGGGAGACAAGACGUCUUGUUGUCCAGGAAAAUUCUGGAGCGACUCUCCUGUAUUGGUUCUGUGUGCGGUGGGAUUUCUGGAAAGGACGCCGUCACAAGCCACCAGAAGGCUAGUUCCAAAGAGGGGCACAAUUACCGGGAGCCGAGAACUUGGUGACCCUAAGCGCCACUGCUCACAGCCAGGCUCAGUCCAUGACGGCAGGGCCGUGCCCCGUCCUCAGCACCACGUCUCUUCCCAGCUAACCCGGGCCCUUCGUUUGUCUUUGCAGCUGAUGGCUGAGGAUGGCGGGGCCGUGGGCCUUGCCAAUGGGGAGGCCGGGAGCCCCUCCGACACCGUCCAGGAGACCAGCUGGCCCGAGGACGAUGAGGUCUUUAUGACGGAGCGGCUGAGCCCCACCGUCAUGGCCACGUUCAGACCCGGCAACGUGGAGGAGCUCUACGAGCUGCUGGAGAAGCUGGGCAGCGGGCACUUUGGGGUGGUGAAGCGCUGCCGGAAGCGGAGCUCGGGGACUUUCUACGCCGCCAAGUUCGUGAAGAUGCGCAAGUGCAAGGGGAGCCGGCUGGGGCUGGACCGCGAGCAGGUGGAGCGGGAGGUCAGCAUCCUGCAGCAGCUGGAGCACCCCAACAUCCUGCGCUUGCACGACCUCUUCGCCAGCAAGGCCGAGAUGGUGCUGAUCCUGGAGCUGAUCCGCGGUGGGGAGCUCUUUGACUUCAUUGCCGAGAAGGAGACGCUGACAGAGGCGGAGGCCAUCGAGUUCCUGCAGCAGCUCCUGCAGGGCGUUGCCUACAUGCACGGGCGGCAUGUCGCCCACUUCGACCUCAAGCCAGAGAAUAUCAUGCUGCUGGAGAAAGAUGUCCCCAACCCGAAAAUCAAGAUUAUCGAUUUUGGUCUGGCCCAAAAGCUGGAAGAUGGAGUAACCUUCAAAAGCCUUUGCGGGACUCCGCAGUACAUAGCUCCCGAAGUGAUUAACUACGAGCCCCUGAGCUCGGCGACAGACAUGUGGAGCAUCGGCGUUAUUACCUAUAUCUUGCUGAGCGGGAUGUCCCCGUUCCAGGGCGAGACGGAUGCCGAGACCCUCUCCAACGUCGUCGCUGGCAACUACGAGUUCGAGGAAAAAUUCUUCAGCGAGACCACCGAUAUGGCCAAGGACUUCAUCCGGCAGCUGCUGGUGAAGGAGCCCGGGAGUCGCAUGAGCGCGGCCGAGAGCCUCGUCCACCCGUGGAUCAAGCCCCUGAGCCGGAAGCAGGCCACCAACCGUAGCCGCUCCUCCAUCAACAUGAAGAACUUCCGCAAGUUCAACGCCCGCAGAAAAUGGAAGCUUUCCUACAACAUGGUGUCUGCCUGCAACCGGCUCUGCCGCCUGAAGCUCUUGUGUGGCCAGAGGAAGGAGGAUGAGACUCUGCGUGGCUGCGAGAGCGACCAGGAGGACGAGACCACCCACCCGGUGACGCUGCUGCGCCGGCGGAGAAGCAGCUGCUCUUGAGACCCCAGCCCUCAACCACAGACUCCCAGCAUGCUCCCACUGCCCCACACCCACCCUCUGCAUCAGCUGGGGGGUGGGGGGCAGCUGCAGCCCCCAGAGGUGGGGAAGGGCCCUGGGAGAUCAGACGCCCCGGGCCCCACCCCGGCAGCUGGGCUCUGUCUGCCGAGGCCCGGACGGCGGGAAGGGGCAUUGACUUUGGUCGGCGGGGACCAGCUGGGAGCGGGAGGGGGCUGGAAAUGGGAUUCCCUCCCCCCAUGCCCCUCUCUGUCUGGACGCCUGAGGACAGGGAGUUGGCUGCGGAUGGAGCUGCUGAAAGGGGAACACGUGUCAGCGGGAGAGGCUGGGGCAAUGCCCGCAGCCCCUUGGCACCCAGUCACCGUGUCUGUGGGGCGAGGUAUUGGGGGUGUGGGAGAAGAGAUCCCGCUAUUAACCCUUUCAUUAUUCAAACAGAGCCCCACCACCACCACCACGAGGGCCUUUCAGGGUGCAUUUUCUGUACCCCUCUUAUGCUUUCCAAUAGGAAACCCCCCUGUGUGGCUGUUCUGUCUGGCACUUGUGGGGUUAAUUGGAACCUCCCCCCCCUUCAGACAUUGUGUUCCGGAACUCGUGGGGUUAAUCCAACUGGGCCUGCCCUGCACUUGCCCCAAUGCGUUAGGGGCUCUGUUUAUUCCAGCACUCAUGGGGUUAAUAUGAGUCUCUUCCCUCCCCACUCCACUGUGCCUGCUGUCCCCCAGCAGUACCCUGGCGCGGGGAUGGAUGGCGGCUCCGCAUGUGCUAACGGCUGCAAGGCGGUGCCAGGUACCUUUACCCAGCUGUUGAGGGGCAGCUAGAGAGCCGGGUGGGUGCCCCUUCCCCAGCACCCCACAAACCCUUGCAUGCUGACCUAAGGCGCAUGGCAGGCCAGACCCCCCUCCCUCCCCCCCAGCUGCCCAGGGAAGAUCUGCCCAGCUCAA